AUGGCGGCGUCGCAGAGCCAAAUGUAUUCCCGUAACAUUUACUCCAGUGCGAUGACGCCGUACUUAGCUACAAGCUCCGCAUCCGAUGUGUCGGGUCAGAGCAUGUGGACAUCGCAA